CUUUAGAUUUUCAUCAUAACCUUAAAAAAAACAAUUGUCAAAGUCAAAUUUAAAAACAAAUUAUCAAAACCAGUGAUCAAAACAAAACUACAUUCAAAAUCUGCUGUUGUUCUUUGAAAUUAAAGAAUAAUGAUGAAAAAUCGCGGUUUAUCGAUUCUCAAACGAUGUUUUUGUAGCGGCAAUUCGAUAAAACCGAAAAUUUGCGUUGUAGGAGGGGGCCCUGCUGGUUUUUACGCAGCCCAACAUUUAGCGAAGAAACUGGAAAACUCGCAAAUUGAUAUUAUGGAGCGUUUGCCAGUCCCAUUUGGAUUAGUCAGAUUUGGUGUUGCCCCAGAUCACCCAGAAGUCAAAAACGUAAUUCACACAUUCACAAAAACCGCUGAAAGCCCAAAUGUUAAUUUUUACGGAAAUAUAAGUUUAGGCAAAGACAUUUCCUUGGAAGAUUUGAAACAAUUCUAUCAUAUAAUCAUACUUACUUAUGGGGCAGAGCAAAAUAAAAAGCUGGAUAUCCCAGGGGUAAAUCUUAAAAACGUCCUUCCAGCAAGAAAUAUUGUGGGUUGGUACAAUGGUGUUCCUAGUGAUAAAAAUUUAAAUAUAAACCUAAACUGUGAAACUGUUGCUAUAAUAGGCCAAGGAAAUGUUGCUAUAGAUGUAGCUAGAAUAUUAUUAACACCCAUAGAUGAAUUAAAGAAAACAGACAUUACGCAACACUCUUUAAAUCAAUUAAGCCAAUCUAAAAUAAAGAAAAUUGUUUUAAUAGGUAGGAGAGGUCCUUUACAAGCUGCUUUUACCAUAAAAGAAUUAAGAGAAAUGUUGAAACUCAAAAAUUGCCUCACUCUAUGGAAAAAUGAAGAUUUUGAAACUAUAGAGACUCCUAUUGUUGAAAAGUUAGCAAGGCCCAAAAAGAGGAUAACUGAAUUAAUGUUAAAGUCAGUGCAAGAGCAAAAAAUAAUAAAUAAUGAAGCUAAAAUAUUUAAUCCUGUAUUUUUACGUUCACCUUUAGAGAUUUUAGGAGACAAUCAAGUGGAAAAAAUUGUUUUAGGUGUAAAUAAAUUAACAGGCAAUGACUUAUUAACACAAACUGCUACUUUAACUGACCAAAUAGAAACUCUUGAUUGUGAUUUAGUUAUUUCAAGUAUAGGCUACAAAAGCAUUCAAGCUGAUCCAAACAUCCCUUUUGACCUAAAUAAAGGCAUAAUAAAAAAUACCAAAGGAAAAAUCGAUGCAGGGCUGUAUACUUCAGGGUGGUUGGGUACUGGUCCAGUAGGAGUCAUCCUCUCUACAAUGUCUAAUGCAUUUGCAGUAACUGAACAAAUAAUUGAAGAUAUUCCUAAAGAUAAUCUACUCAAAAAUCCCAAACCUGGUUUUGAAGGAGCCAGAAAAAUUUUGGACCAGAAAAAUGUGCAACUUGUUACUUGGAAAGAUUGGGCAAAAAUUGACAAGUAUGAAAUUAGUUUGGGAGAAAAAGCUGGAAAACCCAGAGAGAAAAUUGUCGAUAUUGAACAAAUGCUAAAGAUUGCUAGUUCAUAAUAAUUAGAUUUUUAAGCUCAAAAGUUUUAUAUUUUUACACAAUAUUUUAUUAAAAGGUUUAUGGAAAAUUUUUGAGUUUUAUUUUAUUACAAAACAAAGUCG